AUGGCAGAAGACGAAGACAUAUUAGGGGAACAUGUAGUUAUACCUCCGAUGCAAAACAUUUACAUUAAGGUUUCUCAUAUUGUUUAUAAUGCCGCUAAGAAAUGUUAUACAAUUGGGGCUGAAUUAGCUGUAAUCAAGGAAGGUCUAUUUAGGGAGCACUUUAUUAUUUACAAAGGAGAAAAGAUUUCAAGAUCUGAUAACGUUAGCAAGUUAUUAGAUAAUGAAUACCUGACUGUUAUCAUUAAAGCGCAAAUAAUGGGAAAAGGCAGAGGUACUCCUUCUUUAAAGGAUGGAGUACAUAAAAUUGGUGUUAUUGAAAGUGAUAAUGACUCAGACUCAAGUGACUGGAAAGGCUUCGAUUAA